CUUGAAAUGGAUAGAUCUACUCUGGAAAACAAGAAACUUUCUGAAAAGCUUCAAGUAAUUCAAGAUACUUUGUCUAAACAGAAAGAUAAGUUCGUGAAGCUCUCCAAUGAGAAAAAGGAAGUAAUUCAAGAGAAGAAUGAUCUUGCUAAAAAGCUGAGGACCACCGAAGCUGAUAAGAACAGCCUCGUUGAAGAAUUGAGAACAGAAGUUGAAGCUCAAAACGCAGAACAACAGUCACUUUCAAAUGAAGUCCAGAUGUUGAAGCAAGAACUUAAGCAGAUCAAAAGAGAGAAACAGGAGAAGGAAGAGGAAAUUGGACGCUGUAAGAACUAUAAUGAUGAGCUGGAAGUGAAGUUAAAUAGUUUGCAGGAAGUAGCUCAAGAGAAGAAUGAUCUUGCUAAAAAGCUGAGGAAGACUGAAGCUGAUAAGAACAGAUUCGUUGAAGAAUUGAGAACAGAAGUUGGAGCUCAAAAAGCAGAACAACAGUCACUUUCAAAUGAAGUCCAGACGUUGAAGCAAGAACUUAGGCAGAUCAAAAGAGAGAAACAGGAGAAGGAAGAGGAAAUUGGACGCUGUAAGAACUAUAAUAAUGAGCUGGAAGUGAAGUUGAAUAGUUUGCAGGCAGUAGCUCAAGAGAAGAAUGAUCUUGCUGAAAAGCUGAGGACUGCAGAAGCUGAGAAGAAAAACUUGGCCAAACAAUCAAGAAGAUUGACUUCACAGAAUGAAGCUAAAGAAGCAGCACGACGGCCACUUUUAGAUGAAUUCCAUAGGUUGAGACAGGAGAAACAAAAGGAAGAAGAAAUUGAAUACUACAAGACCCAUAAUUAUGAGCUGAAACAGCGGUUGGAUAUAUCGAUGGGGAAGAUCCAAUCCCUUGAGAAUUCACUGCAUGAAGAAAGGCAAAAAAUUACCAGCCUCAUGGGAUUUGUCCAGGAAAAUCUGCCAAUGGAGCAACUGCAAGCACUGCUAAACAUCCAUGAAAAUUGCUUACGAAUAUUCCAAGCUACCCAACAACUUCGGAGAAACUUUCUGUGAUGAAACCGCAAUGAGAUUACUCAGUCAUGUACACCUGUCUUCCUAAUGUAAAGCUGUAACUGAAACAAUCACUUAAGAAAAUUAUACAUAAUCAACCAUCACAAUGAGGGAAAAACAA